CUGGGAGCCGUUUGAGAGGCGGAAGUGAGGUCACCAGGAGCUCGUCCAUGUUAUUAUUGUUAUUUUGGUCGCUGGCAGUGUGAUGAGACGGACUGGAGAGCCGUUGGGCUCCAAGACUAGGCUACUGCUCUUCCAGGCCGCCCCGGACUAAACCUCACAGCCACCCCCGAGAAAGGAGCACUGUCGCCAACAGGGGAGAGCGCCCAGCCCAGCCUCUUCGACCGACACAGGCGACAAAAACAAUACGGUAUUCGGCAAACCCCAGACUUGUAUGUGCGCGGUAACAAACCGCGACGUGCCUCCGCAGAUAUGAACGGCAUCACCAAGGGCAGAUUCGAGGUGUUCUCCAACAGUGAUGAAGCUCCCAUUAACAAGAAGCUUCCCAAGGAGCUGCUGCUCAGAAUCUUCUCCUAUCUUGAUGUGAUCACAUUGUGCAGGUGUGCCCAGGUGUCCAAGGCGUGGAAUGUCCUGGCCUUGGAUGGUAGUAACUGGCAGAAGAUUGACCUCUUCAACUUCCAGACAGACAUAGAGGGUAGAGUAGUGGAGAACAUCUCCAAGCGAUGUGGAGGCUUCCUGAGGCAGCUGAGCUUGAGGGGUUGUCUCAGUGUGGGGGACGCAUCCAUGAAGACGUUUUCUCAGAACUGCCGUAACAUUGAGGUGUUGAACCUGAACGGCUGCACUAAGAUCACAGACAGCACCUGUCUCAGCCUCUCCAAGUUCUGCUGCAAACUCAAACAGCUGGACCUCACCUCCUGUGUGUCUGUUACCAACCACUCCCUCAAAGCUCUCAGUGAUGGCUGUCGUAUGUUGGAGAUGUUGAACCUGUCGUGGUGUGACCAGAUCACCAGAGAUGGCAUCGAGGCUCUGGCCCGGGGCUGUAACAACCUACGAGCCCUGUUCCUACGCGGCUGCACACAGUUGGAGGAUGGAGCACUGAAACCCCUCCAGAAACACUGUCCUGAACUAACCACUAUCAACAUGCAGUCCUGCUCACAGAUAACUGAUGAUGGCUUGGUCAGUCUGUGUCGGGGGUGCCACAAACUGCAGAUGCUGUGUAUCUCUGGCUGCAGUAACAUUACAGACGCCUCUCUCACUGCUCUGGGUCUCAACUGUCCCCGACUGAAGAUCUUGGAGGCUGCGCGAUGUUCACAGGUUACAGACGCUGGGUUUACUGUACUGGCCAGGAAUUGUCAUGACAUGGAAAAAAUGGAUUUAGAAGAAUGUAUUUUGGUGACUGACAACACACUAGUCCAGCUUGCUAUUCACUGCCCUCGCCUGCAAGCACUG